AUGACAAAUGAGUACAAUAAGCCCCUCACUGUUCUCAUUGGCGUCAACCACCAUUUCAACACAUGCAUCUUCGGAUUUGCUCUCCUCCUCCACGAGAAGCUUCCAUCAUAUUCUUGGCUACUUCAAAAAUUUCUAGAAUGCCAUGGAGAUAAGAAGCCAAAUGUUGUAGUUACUGACCAAGAUGCGGCCAUGAAACAGGCUAUCGUUGAACACAUGCCCGAUGUUACGCACCGUCUCUGCACUUGGCAUCUCAAUACAAAUGCUUCAAAAAAGGUUAAAGAUCCGAUCUUCUUAAAAACAUUUAAGGAUCUCAUGUACAACUACUACGAGGAGGAAGAAUUUGAAGCAAGAUGGUUAGACGUCAUCCAAACCCAACAACUAACAGAUAAUGAAUGGUGUCAAACAACAUUCGAGUCAAGACAACAAUGGGCAGAAACUUAUUUAAGGGGUUCAUUCGUUGCAGGAAUGAGAACCACACAACGUUGCGAAUCCAUCAACUCCGCUCUAAAAAAUUUUUUAGAGAAGAAUUAUUGCUUGCGUGAAUUUGUAACAACCAUAGAUAUGACAGUCUCAAAGCUCAGACACAACGAGACUGCAAAUGACUUCAAAAGCAGAUGCACUCGACCUCACCCACCUAAUCCUACAUGCUUGACCACUUACUACAACCAAUGUGCUGAAUUCUACACAAGAACUAUGUACCACAAGGUUGCUGAGCAGCUUGAUUUAGAGAAUAACUAUUUUGUCAUAGCUCAAGAGCAAGAAGGAGAGUGGCAGAUAUUCACCAUUGGAAAGUUCCAGCAUCCGGACGUCCAAUACCGAGUUCAUUACUGUGAAGGCCGACGAGCACUACACUCAAAAUCAGAGGACUCGUACAACCGUGCAAAGGAAGAGCUUGAACGGCUAACUCUAAUGUUCAAGGAAGAAUUUGACUUGAAUUCCAAUCCGGAAGGAGAGACGCCACAACCUGGAAGAUAUCGUAGCAACCCCAACAUUAUUAAAGACCCCGAAGUUGUGAGAACAAAGGGUACGGGAAAUACAAGGGAAGGACCAAACGGGGAGCAGAUCCCAAGAAACUCAAGACAUUGUCGCAUUUGUCGCUCAUCAGACCAUGAUUAUCGACGGUGCCCAAAUCGUCAACAUAACACUGGAUCUCAAGGGCAACAACCUCCAAACAAUCAACCAGCAUCUGACUCAUUCAAUGACCACUCCAACGCGUAUUUCCCGGAACCGCCUUCCUCCACACAAAAGUCUUACUAUGGUCAUUCUUAUAACUAG